UAAAAUUAAUAAUCAGAUAAGGAUAUAUAAUACAAUGUGAUGUAGUAGUCUAUAAAUAUGGUGUAUGGAAAUAUGAAACUCCACAACCUAUCCUUCAUUUUUGUAGACAGAAAACAUGAGCCCUCUUCGUAUCCUAAUUUCACUCUUUUUGCCUACUUUCUUUCUCUUCUCAUGCUCCUUCAUACCUGUUGUGCAAUCUAAAACAAGUAUCCAAAGCCAACGCCUUGAUGACCAAAGAUCUGCUCUGGUUCAGUUGCAGCAAGAUCUUUACUUUUCUCCUAAUUUUACUUUUUCUUCCAAACUUGAGCUUUGGGAUCUCAAAACAGAUUAUUGCUCUUGGAAAGGAGUCACGUGUGAUGGUCUUGGUUAUGUUAUUGGCCUCGAUCUUAAUUCCAAAAACCUUUCAGGAAAUUUUCAUUCUAUUUUUGAUCUUCAUCAUCUUCAACGCCUUAAUUUUGCUGAAAACAAUUUUAAUACCACUCUGUUUCCUUAUGAGUUUGAAGGACUCCCAAAUUUGACUCAUUUAAAUCUCUCAGCCUCAUGUUUUCACGGUCAAAUUCCAAUAGCAAUUUCACACUUAACAAGGUUAGUGUCUCUUGAUCUAUCUAAUCAAGAUUAUUGCUAUUGGAGAAAUUAUCAAAUUGUUGAUUCACAUGAUGAUGGUUAUUAUCCUAUUCUAAAGCUAGAGAAACCAACUUUCAACUCAUUAGUCAAGAAUUUGAUGUUUCUCGAAGAGCUCUAUUUGGAUAGGGUGAACAUUUCAACUCAAAGUACAAAAUGGUGUGGAAUCAUAUCGUCAACACUUCCAAAUUUACAUGUGUUAAGCAUGUCAUCUUGUGGUUUGACAGGUCCACUUUGUUCUUCUUUCUCCACACUCCAUUUUCUUUCCAAACUUAACCUUGACGAUAACCUAAUCUCUUAUUUGCCUCUCAAUUUCUUGGAAAGUUCCUCUCGGUUGGUUUCUCUCAGUCUAAGGUAUUGCAAUUUGAGUGGGCAUUUUCCAACUGAAGUUUUCUUACUGCCCAAAAUGCAAAGCAUUGAUAUUUCACAAAAUUACAAUCUCAUGGGUCCGUUGCCAGAAUUUUCGAUUAACAACAAUUUACAGGUCAUAUCACUAUUCUUGACGAAUUUCAGCGGAGAAUUACCAAAAUCAAUUGGUAAUCUUAGGUUAUUGACAAAAUUAGAUCUUGGUGGUUGUUAUUUCUCUGGAUCCAUUCCAUCAUCACUUGCAAAUCUUACUGAUCUUGUGGAACUGUAUCUAUCAGAUAAUAAUUUCAGUGGUUUAACCCCUCCAUUUCAUAGAUCUGGAGUUCCAAAUCUUGCAAUUCUCAAUUUGGGUGGGAACCGGCUUUCUGGAUCAAUACAUUCUUCUUUAUUUACUCUCCCAUCAUUACAUACAUUGUCUCUUGAAGGAAAUCAACUGGUUGGUGAAAUUGAUGAGUUCCCCAAUGCAUCCUUUUCGGUGAUGCGAGAUUUGAGCUUAGGCGAUAAUUAUUUAAAUGGAUCCAUUCCUAACUCAAUCCUUCAACUCUCACGGCUUGAAUCACUUUAUAUUGGCUAUAACAACUUUGGUUCUAUGAAGCUUGACAUGUUCUUUCAACUAAAGAACUUAAGGUCUCUCGAUCUAUCCAAUAUGAGCUUGUUAAUUGGAAGCGACAACAAAAGCCUUAUAUUUCCCCAAUUGGAGGAGUUAGCCCUAAGGUCAUGCAACCUUACUGGAUUUCCAGAAUUCAUCAAAACACAAGGCAAGUUGGCUUUUCUAGAUCUUUCUUACAACCAAUUAGCAAACUCCUCCUUUUCAAUUGAAAGCCACAACAAAAGCUUUACUAUUCCUCAAUUAGAUUAUCUUAACCUACGAUCUUGCAACUUUACUGGAUUUCCAGAAUUCAUCAAAACACAAGGCAAGUUGACUGUUCUAGAUCUUUCUCACAACCAAAUCCAAGGUUUUGUGCCUAAUUGGUUGAGGAAGACCACUCUUCUACGUUUAGACCUUUCUUUCAAUGCCAUUGAUUUCCCAAAACAAUUUCCCUUUGGUGAUGCAAACUCUUCGUUUCCAAUGCUGUGGUUGUUGAUUUUAAGAUCCUGUAAUAUAAGUACAUUUCCAGAGUUUUUAAAGAGUCAAGAGAAUUUAGAAUAUCUUGACCUUUCAAACAACAAAAUAAGUGGUGCAGUACCAAACUGGUUGUGGAAGAAAAGUUUGGGUUAUUUGUCUCUUUCUAACAAUCAUCUCUCAUCCUUGGACCAAUUUUUGCACAAUCAGUCUCUAACUUCUUCACAAGGCUCUUUCCUCAGACCUAUUUGCAAGUUGAGUCAACUUUAUCUGUUCAAUGCAUCUUAUAACAAUUUGAGUGGCACAAUUCCAGGUUGCUUAGGCAAUAUCAGUACUCUCGAUUUGUUGGACCUUCAAGGAAAUCACUUUAGCGGAAUCUUACCAAAUUUUGCAGAAGCAACCCGACUAUGGACACUCAAAGUUAGUGAGAAUAGAUUGGAAGGGAAGUUGCCGAAGUCACUAGCCAAAUGCACUCAACUCGAAGUUUUGGAUGUGGGAAACAACAUGAUGUAUGAUACAUUCCCUUUUUGGUUGGAAAAAUUGCCUGCACUGAAGGUUCUGAUACUGCAAGGGAAUAGAUUUUAUGGUCAAAUUAAACAUUCGAAACAUGAAAAUGGUUUUCUGGCGUUGGAUGUACUUGACAUUGCGUCUAAUGAAAUUUCUGGUGAACUAUCCAUUGAUUUCCUUCAAGCUACUCAAUUAAGGUCACUCAAAAUCGGUGGGAAUAAAUUGGAAGGGAAGUUGCCAAGAUCAUUAGCCAAUUGCACAAAACUUGAGGUUUUAGACCUUGGAAACAAUAUGGUUCAUGACACAUUUCCGGUUUGGUUGGAGAAGUUGCCUUCCUUGAAGGUGACUUAUCCACCACAUUUUUGCAAUGUUUGAGGGCAAUGACGUUGAUUACUGAGGGCAACAAAGCUAAGCUAGAUUAUAUUGGAGAGGAGUACUAUCAAGACUCUGUGACAAUUGUCAAUAAAGGGAUUGAAUU